UGCCCACUGUCAAAAAUCAUCUGUUUCACUUGUCAGACAUCUGCGAUGUCGGCGAAUAAAAAGAAUGAGGAAGGCUUGGAGCACAUCCGAAACGCCGAAAAACAUCUUAAAACAUCGCUGUUAAAGUGGCGACCUGACUACGAGUCCGCCGCCGAUGAUUACAACAAAGCAGCGACGUGUUUUCGUAACGCAAAGAACUUUGUUCAAUGCAAGGAGUGUUUGUUAAAAUCCGUCGACUGUCAUAAACAAAACAGAGCGUUGUUUUCGGCCGCCAAAGCUUUAGAUCAGGCGGUUUUGGUGUGUAAGGAACUCGGGGAUUUACAGGAUGUUGCGUCUUUGGCAGAAAGGGCUGCCAACAUGUUUCAAAGUCACGGCAGUGGGGACACAGCAGCCGCCUCUCUUGAUAAAGCAGCGAAGAUUUUGGAGGCACAACACCCUGAACAAGCCCUCAGACUCUUCCAACAUGCCUCAGAAAUCGCAAUGAUUCAGGACAACUCGAGACAGGCCGCCGAGUACGUCAGCAAAGUAGCCCGUCUCCACGUCAAAUUGCAACAGUAUGACCUCGCCGCGGACGCCAUCCGCCGCGAGUUGGGGCUCCACCAGCAAAACGAGGCCUAUCAAGCCACUGGCCGGCUGGCCGUAGCCCUCGUCCUGGUCCAGUUAGCCCGAGGGGACGUCGUAGCCGCCGAAAAAGCCUUCAAAGAAUGGGGCAACUACUGCGAAGCCCCUGAAGUUCAAACUCUCGAGAUGCUCCUCCAAGCCUACGACGAGGAGGACCCCGAAGCGGCUAAAAGGGCUCUCAACAGCUCCUUUAUCAAACACAUGGACGUGGAAUACGCGAUUUUGGCGAGGGAUAUGCCCCUACCGGAGGGCAUCGCGACGCCCCCCAAAGCCAGCGUGAGGGAGAACGCGGCGCCAUCGUAUGUCUCGCCCAAUUCGCAGACGACGGCCACAAUUGAGGAUCGACCUGAUGACAGAGGCGAACCGAAAGAGGGCGCUAGUGAUGAUGAGUUGGAAGGGGGAUUGUGCUAAGCUCUGAUCUGAUUUUUUUGGUUUACUCGUAGUUGGAGUUUUGUUAUUAACAUUCCAUCAAGGUUUUUACAGCUUUUAUUGCUACCGAAACACAAAUUUGAUGCGAUUUCGCAUUGACUGACAUGAAGUUAAACUAACUCUUGUUUUUUUCAGAAGAGUUUUUCAAUCUAGUCUUUAAAAAAGUCAAUUUGUUUCGUUUGAAAUCAAAUUCUUUGUUUUGUGUGGAGUGUAUGUUAACAUUUAACAGUAUGCUCGUCACAAAGUUGACUUUCUUCUUGCUUGUAGAUCGUAGGUUUGAGUUACGACACAAUUUGAAGUAAUAAAUGUACUUACUGUAACAUUCCUGUACCUAUUUGUUGUAAAUACACGCAAAAAUAAUU